GGAGCCGGACCAGGAGCCUGAGCCAGACAGAGCUGGGAGGAUGGAGGCUGGAGCAGCAGCAGCAACUGAAGAAGUUGAAAAGAUGCUGGUUGUCCUGGGAGUGCUCACCUCUUUCCUUUCUGUUUUGUAUGUGACAGCUCCAUCUAUCAGGAAGUUCUUUGCUGGUGGAGUCUGUCAGACAAACACGCAGCUUCCUGGGAAGGUGGUGGUGAUCACCGGCGCCAACACAGGCAUCGGCAAGGAGACAGCCCGAGAGCUCGCUCGCAGAGGAGCCCGAGUGUACAUUGCCUGCCGAGACAUCCUGAAGGGGGAGUCUGCUGCCAGUGAAAUCCGAGCAGAUACCAAGAACUCCCAAGUGCUGGUGCGGAAACUGGACCUCUCUGACACCAAAUCCAUCCGUGCCUUUGCUGAAGGCUUUCUAGCAGAGGAAAAACAGCUCCACAUUCUGAUAAACAACGCAGGGGUGAUGCUGUGUCCAUACUCCAAGACGGCUGAUGGUUUUGAAACCCACUUGGGAGUCAAUCACCUGGGUCACUUCCUUCUCACGCACCUGCUCCUGCAGCGGCUGAAGGAGUCUGCUCCUGCCCGGGUGGUGAACCUGGCAUCAGUGGCCCACCAUGCUGGCAAGAUCCGAUUCCAUGACCUCCAGAGUGACAAGUAUUACUGCAGUGGCUUUGCUUAUUGCCAAAGCAAGCUGGCCAACGUGCUUUUCACCCGUGAGCUGGCCAAAAGGCUCCAAGGUACGGGAGUCACCACAUACGCGGUGCACCCAGGCAUUGUCAGCUCCGAGCUGGUGCGUCAUUCCUUCCUGCUAUGCCUGCUCUGGCGGCUUUUCGCCAUCUUUGUCAAGUCGGCCCGAGAAGGGGCCCAGACCAGUCUGCACUGCGCCCUGGCUGAGGACCUGGAGCCCCUGAGCGGCAAGUACUUCAGUGACUGCAAGAGGACCUGGGUGUCUUCAAGUGCCCGAAAUAACAAAAUAGCUGAGCGUCUGUGGGAUGUCAGCUGUGAACUUCUAGGCAUCCAGUGGGAGUAGCAGGUGGAAGAGCCAGUCUAUGCCCUAAUGAAGGGGAACUAGAAGGUCAGCUCUGAAAGCUUGCCCUCCUCCUGGCUGGCUGCUCUGUGGAUCCUCCCCACUCCGGUCCUCCUGACCCUUCUGGAAAUCUUUGCACAUCCAGUCCUCUUGGGAGGGUGACUCAUGGCAUCAGAUGUUCACUGGAGAACUAGAAAGAUCCCAGGCUGGACCUGGGGGUAGCAGAAGAACCUUGGAAAUGGGGUCAAUUUCCUCUCCCACGUCAGACCAGCCUGCAUGAUCAGCCAAAGAAACGGAAGCAUCCAGAUGACAUAUUUUCAGGGACUGUAGAUUUCGACUCUUACAGAUCUCUUUCUUCUGGAUACUAGACACAGCCCUGGAGUUGGAACCAGGUCUGGAAGAUUGUAGUUAG